AUGAGUAUACUUUCGGUUUGCCGUGCAUUGAUAUUUUCUGGUCAAAUGCAACCCAAAAAACUUUCGAAAUCUGUAAAAUUCAUAACAGUAUGUCUCGCAUUAUGGACAUUGUUUGUAUGCAUCUCCAGGUGCAUAACUCGAAAUAUAAUAUUUCUGAAACCCGGAUGGGAUUAUGACGAUAACGUUCCGAGAUCAGAGUUGUUUGCCAUUUUCGAGUUAGCUAUAUCAUUUCCUUCUUUGGAUAUUUCGUAUCUGUCAUAUUUGGUUAUCACUUAUCUAAUUUUCAUGCAAAAGAAAUUGAGAAGCAAUCAAAAUCGAGCUAGCGAAAUUCGGUUGUUAUUUCAAUCCACAUUUAUAACCAGUUACCUGACACUAAUGAUACUUGUCUGGCAUCAUCAAAUUUUUGGUUUCAUCAUGCCCUUUGAUUUGUUCAGCCUGCGAGUUCGAACGGUUAUGAACGGAUUAUGGAUUCUACAUUGCUAUAUGAAUCCUGUUAUGAUUUUGAUUUUCAAUAGACCAAUUCGAGAAGCUUGCCGAAAAGUUCUUCAAUCAUCGCGUUGUGUGUUCAAUAUUAAAAUAAAUGAAGCAUCUCCAAAACAAGGAGAACGCCUGACAUCUAACAAGGUUUUCAAUCAACCCUGUUUUUUCUUGUUUUUACGGUUGAUCUUCAAGCUCCUGACAAAGCCUAUCAUUACAGUGUCUAGGAUGAGUGUCACAUCAAACCUCACUAUCUCCAAGUCGUUGUUUGAAUUAACUCCGGAUAUGGAGUUAUUCUAUUUCGGAAUCAUUGUUUUUGUUUUCUCGAUUUUCAAUGCGCCGAUCCUAGCACUCAUCAUUACGACUCUCAAAAUGAAAAAUGCUCAAUCACCAAACAUGGCAUUCCUAUUGAUGAAUAUCAUCAACUUCUGCCUACUUGGGCAAGGACUUGGGCAUCUAAUAACUUUUCCUUGUCUAAUGUUUCCUAAUUUGUUGAGAACUUUUGAAACCGUAGUUAGGAUAAUCGGUGGAAUCAUGAACACGCUAUGGAUCUGUGAUUUGUCAACGGUAACUUUGCUAGCUGUAUCACGAGUACUAACAUUCUCCAACAUUAUUUCAAUUCGUAAAAGCGACAGAAUUAUCAGAUAUUUACUCAUUUUAUUAUUAUCGUGGAUAUUCAUUCUUCUCAUUUAUUCUGUUGUAUUUAGAAAUAUGAUGAUGUACCCGCCAUUAUGGGCAUACGACUUCGAUGUUCCAUUUUGUCAUUUAUUUGAUACUAUGGAACUUUCGUUAAGCUUCCCUUGUAUAAUUAUUUCCUUUCUUUCCUACUUAACCAUUGCAUACCUUAUUUUCGUGGCAAAAAACUUGAAAAGUAGUGUUGCCUCCAGGAGGAAUGAAAUUGCGAUUCUGUUCCAAUCAUCGUUAGUAACUGGAUAUAUAUCUGUGAUGAUAUUCGUAUGGCAUCCAGCUCUUUUCACAACGUUCCAGUUCAUCGAUAUGAACGAUAUAACAAAUCAAGCGAUUCUGAAUUUUAUGUGGCUUGUGCAUUGCUAUGUCAAUCCGUGCAUGCUCUUGGUUUUCAACAAAUCCAUUCGAGAAGAUUGCUUUCGACUUUUGAGGACUGGGAAAAUCGACCAACCACCAAGAGCUGCUGGGACAUCAAUCGUAACCAUGAGCUAA